AUGCAACCGCGGACGCUCCAGGCCCCCGUGCAGCUCGGGCGGCCGGUGCACGCGGCGGCACCGCCGGGGUAUCAAGGUGUCGCGCCGGUCUCACUCGGCGGACCGCCACGGCCGCAACCGCAGCCUUGCGUGUGGCGAGCGGCCGCGCCAGGCCCGGUCCUCUUUCCGGCACCGGCUUCUCCGGCUCCGCUCUCGGGCCCGGCGCUGGUGACGGCGGACCUCGCCCGCAAGCAGCAGACCACGCCGGACCAGCGGGACCAGGCCUACCGAAGCCUCAUCCAGUCUCUGGCCGCUUGGGGCGUCUUGGAGGAUUUGCCACUGGACAAUGGGGUGCUGCACGUGAACGCGCCCUUCUGCCAUGACUUCUUCGAGGCGCCGCUGUUGCUGCCCUUCCUGGCCGCUCGGUUCCUGCGGCCAGGCUCCGGGGUGCGGAAGCUGGCGCUCCGCGGCUGCGACGUGCGCAGCCAGGACUUCUGGUGGCCCGCCUGGGAGCAGUGGGCGCAGCGGAGCUUCGAGGGGCGUGUUUCUCUGGAGCUGCGACAGCAGGACUUGGUGGUGCAGCAGCAAGCGCCCGCGGGCUUGACGCUGGCCUGCCACCCGGAGGUGACGAAUGGCGGCCCCUGGCUGCCCAUCCUGCGCCACGUGCUGCGGAGUCGGGCGCUGCAUGGCCGCUGCGUCUUCGCGACCUUCUACCGCCACGAGGCGGAGGCGGCGGCCGAGAUCUGCCGCGCGGAGGGCGCGGCGGUGGAGAUCCGGGAGAACCCGUUCUAUGCGGGUAAAUCCCUCGAUGAGGUAGGCACCUUCCACCGCUUCGCGGUGAUCCUGGCCCCCAACGGGCUGAGCGGCCAAAACGGCGUCUGCCGGAGGAAGAAGGCAGAGGAGGAAGGAGUUCGUGCCCCACGGGGCAGGGGAGUGAAGGGCAGCAGGAGCUCCUAUCAGGAGAGCCUUACCGAAGAGACCAGCGCUUACCCGCGGUCCAUGGGGGCGCCGCUGCCCGGGGGGAUGCCGCUGGUGCCGUCCUUCGGCUCCCAGAAGCGCUCCGCGGGUGCGGCCAAGAAGUCCGACGAUGCCCAGGUGACCAUCCCCGACUCCGUCACUCGGAUUGGAGGAUUUGCCUUUGCAGAUUGCAGCUCGUUGGCAAAUGUGACCAUCCCCGACUCUGUGACUGAGAUCGGAGCAGGUGCCUUCAAAGGUUGCAGCUCAUUGGGAAGCAUCACCAUCCCCGGAUCAGUUACUUGGAUUGAAGAAAAUGCUUUCGCCGGUUGCAUCUCAUUGGCAAGCGUGACCAUCCCCAACUCGGUCACUCGCAUUGGGCGUGAUGCCUUCCAAGGUUGCAGCUCGUUGGCAAAUGCGAUCAUCCCUGACUCCGUGACUGAGAUUGAGUUUGCUGCCUUCGAAGGUUGCAGCUCAUUGGCAAACAUGGCCAUUCCUGACUCGGUGACUCAGAUUAGAGAGUAUGCCUUCUUAGGCUGCAGUUCAUUGGCAAACAUCUCCAUCCCUGACUCGGUGACGCAGAUCGGAGGAUUUGCCUUCUUAGGCUGCAGCUCAUUGGCAAAUGUGAUGAUCCCCGGCUCUGUGACUGAGAUUGGAGCAGGAGCCUUCGAAGGUUGCAGCUCAUUAGCGAACAUGACCAUCCCUGACUCGGUGACGCAGAUUGGCGGAUUUGCCUUCUUAGGCUGCAGCUCGUUGGCAAAUGUGAUCAUUCCCGACUCUGUGGCUAAGAUUGGAGCGGGGGCGCUGUCCUGGAUGGACCAGGCCAAGCAGAUCUUUGGUUCCAAGCCCAGGCAGCACAUGGCAGAAGAUGAACUAGUUUCCAUAUCCUCAGCUCAACAAUUGCCCAAGCCUCAGGUCUCGCGGCUGAGGGCGGCGUGGGCGCUGCUGCGCCUCAGCUGGCGCCGGUGCUGCGUCUGCGUCCAGGGCUCCCCGAUGUUGUGCCUCAUCAUCACCCCGCUGGCGUUCCUGAUCUUGCUGCUGAUCGCGAUCUUCAAUGUAUGCCUGGCGCGGCUCCUGACGGCUCCUGGGGCGGUGCUCUUUAACCUGGGGGUCUUGUGGCUGGUCCUGCGCCUAGUCGUCCGGGUCCUGGUGUUCCCGGGCUCCAUCCUCCUCUGGCGGCGCAACACCGAGGCCUCCUACCGCUCGGAGAUGGCCAAGCAGUUCGCGGGGCACCUGGAGCACCUCCGGGGCUUCCUGGCCGAGGCCACCGGUAAGGGCCAAGGCCCUGCGGCCGGGGCCACUCUGGAGGGCACGCUGCUGGGCUUCAUGGUGGUGGAGGGCCUCUCGCGGAACUUCCAGGUGCAGCAACGAGACCAGGUGAAGUUCACCAAGGAGCAGGCGCAGCUGCGCUCCUGGGUGCAGGCGGUGGAGCUGUGGCUGUCGCAGGCCAAGGUCAUGGACAGGCGGGCCGAGAUCCCGCUGAACGACUGGCUGCAGCGCCAGAGCCAGAACGUGGUGAAGGUGCCGCUGAGGUACGCGGUGAACAGCUCGCCGCUGGCCUCCAGCGCCUUGGCGGAGGCGGAGGGCUGCUUGCAGCGCCUCGAGCAGAUGCUGCACAUGUUCUACGACCUGCAGCGUUCCCCGGACGGCCUCUGUGCCAGCACCAGGCGGUUCCUGAGCACGCCCCCGGUGGGGUCCCUGAACCAGUUGCGGGCCGAGCUGCUGCUGCGGUACUCCGCGCAGCACUACUGGGUGCGCACGCAGGGCCGCAAGAUCGACGCCGUCUUCAUCUCGGCGAAGGGCUCUGGCCAUUUGGGCGAGGACAGCCCGGAAGGCAAGGAGGACAUGCCCCUCAAGGAGCCGGAUGAGAGUCCCGGGCCCGUGGUGGUGUGGUGCAACCCCAACGCCGCCUACUACGAGACCAUGGCCUACGAGUCCCACUGGCUCGACUUCUACCUCUCGCAGGGCUGCAGCAUCUUCGUCUUCAACUACAGCGGCUUUGGGCGGUCCGAAGGCGCCCCCACACCAGGCCGCCUCAGUGCGGACGGGGAGGCGGUGGUGGACUUCCUCAGGCGCCGCGGCUUCACGCAGGUGGCGGUGCACGGCCGCUCCAUCGGCGGCAUCGCGGCCUGCCGGAUCGCCAAGAACAAUCCGGACAUCGUCAAGGUGCUGGUGGCAGACCGGACCUUCUCCACCCUGUCGCGGGCGGCCAAGUUCACCUUCGGGGACUGGGCGGCCAAGGGGCUGGCCCUGUCCGCCACCUGGGCGGACAACGUGUCCAACUACCUCCAAGCGCGGUGCUACAAGGUGAUGCUCUGCGACCCGAAGGACCUGACCAUCCCGGACCUGGCGGCGCUGCGGAGCUCCGUGGCGCAGCAAGUCUUGGACCAGGUUCCGCCAGGCGACCGCUUGGCCUACGAGGGCGUGGAGCGAAUGGCGGAGGCCUGGUGCUUCUUCGAGGUGCUGGUGGGCGUUUGCGACGGCGACUCUUGCGACGGCCACCAGUGUGCCUGCCACCCGCGGGCGGAGAAGCGGGGCGGAGGCUCCGCGCGGCAGCCGGUGGUGGGGAAGCCCGCGGACGAGGAGGCGGUGGAGGAGGAUGUGCGGCUGGUGGCUUUGUCGCGGGUGGCUUCGUCGCAGGUGAACGCGCAGUGGCUCCAGGAGCACGGGGACUUUGUGCGAGCUGCCAUGGCGCCGCACAUCGACUUGCUGCGCCAGGCCUUGGACAGCCUGGGCUCCAGGUUCAAUUCCAGUGGCCUCACCUUGGACGACGCGGUGGGCGGCCGCACGCAGGAGGAGACUGCGGAGGCCUUGCGGUGCUUCCUCUGCAAUCUGCAGGUCUGGGGCUCCCUGGCGCAACGCGGCGCUGCGGGGGAAUUCACUCCGUCCCGCGCGGUGGAUGAAGACAUCGAGCUGCUUCUGGCCCGAGGUCUCAACGGCGGGGCGGCCGCGGCGGUGCGCCUCGGGCGCCUGGCAGCGCAGCUUACGCCGCAGAGGCUGGCGGACUACCACCGCCAGAUGGCGCGCUUUGGCGUGGCAAAAGCGCGCAGGGACUUCCGGCAGUACAUGACCGUGCUGCAGCGGAACCUGGAGGCCUCGGUGGCGCAGAACGAGUGCCCCCUGAGCGGCGCGGUGCUGCAACACCUCCGGGAGGUGGAGAGCUUCCUCACCACCAUCUACCGCUUCUUCAAGUGCGUGGACAUGGGCGGAGGUGAGGAGCGAACAGAAGGCGGCGAUGUGAGGCAGAGUGUCAGCUCGCCUCCGGAGGCCGCCAGCGACGAUUCCGAGGAAGGCCCCAAAACCGCGCCCAAGCCGAGCCUGGACCGCGGGGUAGCGGGCUACGUCGCCUGCCUGAACUGUGGCCACAACGGCGUUCUCAGUGAGGGCGAGGCGCAGCAUCUGGCGCUGCACCUGCGCAGCGCGCGGUUCGGGAAGUACGCGGGCGAGGAGCUCGAAGGCGGGGUCUGA